GUUCGCUCUGUGAGGAGGUCGCUUUCGCUGACGGUUUCAGUGAAUGUGCUAAAAUUCUGGAUUGCAGUGUUUUUUGACAUUCAGUGAUGUUUAUUAGUACUGUUAUUGAGCAAUAUAGAAGAUAAAGAAAAUCAGCUAAUAUACUCAGAUAUCGAACCGGUGUUUGCGGACACGUAGCGCACUCUAUCGGCAUUUGGCGGAGUAAGAAGUGUGCGGGUCGCGCGGGGCAGAGCCGCCGCCCCCUUCUUCAGUUCUCCUGCGAUACCGAGAAGGUUGGACGUAUUGCUGCGUUCCGCAAAAAAAGAUCGCUCGCGCGGCAACUUUGACAGUGACAGUGUUCGAAAAGUGUGCCGUGUCAAAUAAUGUGUACUGGAUUGCAGUGCUUAUACAAUCGGAUGCAGUGAUUAUUGGAUUACACUUAUUGGAUUGCAGUGUUUUCUUGGAUUUUGUGUAUAACUCAAACCUUCCAAACUGGGGAUGCAUAAGAUGGAGUUGGGUGACAGCGUAUACGCCGCCGAGCGUAUAAUGAAGAAAAGAAUUAGAAAGAACAAAGUGGAGUACUACGUGAAAUGGAAAGGGUGGAAGCCGAAACACAACACCUGGGAACCGGAGGAGAACAUACUCGACCCGCGGUUGAUCCAAAGCUUCGAGAGAGGAGAGGAAAUGAGGCGACAAGGCCGGAAGCGGGAACGGGAACAUUCACCCGUGGAACGUGCCCGCAGCGGCUCCGAGGAACGCCAUCCGCCUCCCGGCAAGCGCAAGGCCGAGGUGCUCUCUCGGGAAUCAGGGAAGAUCGGGGUUACUAUAACGAUGAGUCCUCCUGCCAAACGUCACGACUCCAGCAAACUGAACGGAGUGAGGACUCCUCAUGCCGCACAACCCCCGCCACCCGCGGCGCCCCCGGGAGGAGCUGCUGCGCCGGCGUCGCCCGCCGCGGAGGCCGCUGCACCGAGAACGGGACCGAGACGGGCGCCACACUCCCCCGAGGAAGCCGACCCUCACGUACCUCCCGAACGAGAAAGACGUACGGACUCGCAGCCGACAGCGUCUGCACCAGCUGAACCUAAAGGUGCUCGACCACCGCCCCCUGCGCCGCAACCCGAAGACGAGGAUUCCUGGGGCGAAGCACCCGUUAUCCCACCUGCACCUGCACCACCGCAACCACCCCGCCGCAGCGCCGCCUACUGGAUGGCGCGCUCACCCGUCGCUGACCAAAUCUUUAUCACGGACGUCACUGUCAACCUCCAAACGGUUACCAUUAGAGAAUGCCGUACCGAAAAGGGCUUCUUCAGAUCUCGAGGGCCCCGGCCACAUGAUAUCACGUAAGAUAAGGGUUUUAUUGUGAAGAUGGUGUACAGUUGUAGAUAGCUAGAACUUUAUAUUUAUUUUAGUUGAGUUUCUCGGUGAUGUGUCAAGACUUUGCACAUGGGAAAAUGAAUUCCUUAACUUUAGGCCUAAAUGAAAUCUAUGCAAUGUGGUUUUGAGUACUGGAUAGUGUCUUAAUAACCAUCUUGUAGAUGCAGAACUUUAAUCCUAAUAAAACAAAUUUUAUGGUCAAUUGUUAAAAGUAACAUAGGUACCCUUUUUAUGUUGAAAAUACUUUAAAGAAUAUUAUAUUAUUUGGUACAUUUUUAAACAAGUACUAUUCAUUACCUAAGUAUAUUUUUGUAUCAAAUAGAGUUAUGAAUAUUAAAUAAGCUAUAGUCAAGGAUUUUAUGGAUCUUGGUUAUUUUGUGACUAAAUAUUAAUACAGAUUUCCUAGAUGCACCGCAAAAGAUAAUUCUAGACCUAAUGCACUGGUAACUAGGUGCAUACAAAUGCAUUAAUAUUUUUAUAUGUCCAUAUUUAUUCCUCGUUAUAUCAUUAUUACCUAAAAGUUUACCUGUAUAACUACUGGUCUCACUCAUUGAGAUUUUGCAGCACUAAAGGUAGCCACGAGAUAUUUCCACAUAAACAAACGUGUAUGAUUUAUAAAUGCAAAAAUUUUUGUAAGGAAUUUGUGAAACAAGAAACAAGUUCUGAAAGCAAAUUUACAUUACCUAUGGCUCUUAGCUUAGGAUUUUACCACGACCCAAUUGGCAACUUGAGGAUUAUAAUAUAAAUUAUAAAAUAUAUUUGAAAUGCUAACGUAUAUGUGAUCACUAACUACUUAGUUGGUAUUUAUUGUUUUGAAAAAAAUUGUUUGUAUUUUUUUUUACAAAAUUUACAAUGAGUAGCUUACAAGAACCAAAACGUUAGGCAGUUAUGACGGAGCACCGUGAGACGUCACAUUUCAAUAAG